CGAUAACUGCAUAUAUACUUCCCUUUAUGCUCCUCCACUCAAACAUCGAUUUGCUUGCACCCUUGGAUCUUCUGCUUCAUCUUUAUCUUCAUCUUCAUCAUAGUAAUUAUUGGAAAUGGGAAGAUCUCCCUGCUGUGAAAAGGCACACACAAAUAAAGGGGCAUGGACUAAAGAAGAGGAUGACAGGCUUAUUGCCCACAUUCAAGCCCAUGGUGAAGGCUGCUGGAGGUCCCUCCCCAAGGCAGCAGGGCUUCUGAGAUGUGGGAAGAGUUGCAGACUAAGGUGGAUUAAUUAUUUGCGCCCAGAUCUCAAGCGGGGAAACUUUUCUGAUGAAGAAGAUGAACUCAUCAUAAAACUCCAUGCCCUCCUGGGAAACAAAUGGUCUCUGAUAGCAGGCAGAUUGCCAGGAAGAACGGACAAUGAAAUAAAGAACUACUGGAACACCCACAUCAAGAGAAAACUGUUUAGCCGGGGGAUCGAUCCAAGCUCCCACCGCCCAAUUAACUCCCUGAAUAACAAGAGCAGCAGCAGUAACAGUCGGUCAUUAAAGCAGGAAAUUCAUAUGGCAGAUUUCUUCCAAUAUGACCACUCGGAAGUGACCAGCUGUUUUGAACGCGUGGCUUCAGAUGCAGGCAGUAGAAGCGAAGAGAGGGCUGACAUUAAUCUGGAUUUGUCUAUUAGUUUGCCUUGUUCUUCUCCUCCUGAUGACAAUAAAAACAACGAUAGAAAAGCAGCCAUUGAUUCCAAAGAGAUUAUUUCGAAUUCUACGGCUGGUAAAAUGUGCUGCCACGUGGGUUUACCAGUGAAUUACGCCGCCUGUUGCGAGAACAGAUACAACGGAGAAAAUGGCGGUUUACAGCGGGGCAUCACUUGUGAUCACAGGCUAGGAUUAGACUUAUGACACCCCCAUUUUGUCAUUAAUUAAUGGCUGCAAUGGCUCCAACACCAAGUGAAUAUUAUAUGUAGAAUAAGCGGAAAAACAUGGAAGUGUUUGUUGCUGUAGAUAAGCAUUUUGUUGCCCCUGAUUUGUGGCUUAAUUAAUGUGUAUAUUCGAAUUUGAUUUCUUAAAAAAAAAAUAGUGAUGGUUUCAAACUU